GAGGCUAGAGCGGAGCCGGAGUGAGGCCGACGUAGCGCGCCCCCUACGGUUCUCCUGGACUGCAGGCCUGAAUCCUCAAGGAUCUGGAAUCUUUCAUGCCUUGGAGAGGAUGAAGACUCGGGCCUGCCACCAGCCUCGUCUCCUAAAAGGGAAAAAGAAAUGGCUUUCGUGGGCCCUCAUCGGCUUCCUCUUCCUGUUCUCAGUGGCCAUGACUGGCUGCUUCCUGUGGCAGUACCACCUCCCCAAGCUGCAGACUGGUUCCUUAAAGCCAGAGGUGACCCCAGCCCCUGUGAAGAUGUGUCCGCAUCACCCUGAGCUUGUGCCUCUGGCUCACCCCCUCCCAGUACUGAAGGAGGCAUUGGAGAAGGUGGAUGGGAUUCUGCGCAAGGCGAUGUUGGCUCCUGGCCUUGCUGCCAUGUCUGCCCUUGUCGUCCACAAUGACACUGUGCUCUGGACUGGCAACUUUGGGAAGAAGAAUGGCUCAGAUCCAAAUUCUGGAACUCCUAAUGAGUAUACCAUAUACCGGAUUGCCAGCAUCUCCAAGAUCUUCCCCGUGCUUAUGCUGUAUCGGCUGUGGGAGGAGGGCAUCGUGGCCUCCCUGGACGACCCUCUGGAGCGCUAUGCCAGCACUUUCUCCAUCAACAACCCGCUGGGCAAGACUCAAGAUCCUGAACCACAGGACCCCGCGGGGGAAUUUGAAGAGAUGGGCUCCCUCCCAAAGCCUUCUUCUGUCACUCUCCGGAGGAUGGCCAGUCAGCUGUCAGGGCUUCCCCGAAGGCUGCGGGGCACUUCGCUGUUGUGGAGGGGCAGCACCCAGGAGGCUCUGAGCCUGCUCAGGGAUGACAUGCUGGUGGCUGACCCCGGAAGCAGAUGCCACUACAGCACGCUGGCCUUCUCGCUUCUGGCCCAUGUGCUGGCUGCUCACACGGCACAGGGCAACUAUGAACGCUGGGUAUCUGAACAGGUGCUGGAACCGCUGGGGAUGAGCGACACCAGCUUUACACUGACUGGAGCUGUGCGAGCUCGCCUGGCUGCCGGCUUCUAUGGCAGCGGCCGGUCUGCGCCGCUCUACGAUCUGGGCUGGUACAGGCCAUCGGGCCAGAUGUACUCGACGGCUGCAGAUCUGGCCAGGCUGGCGGUUGCGCUACUGGGCGCAGGGCCCCGACGGCUGCUGCGGCCAGACAGCCUGGCCACGCUGCUGUCACCGCUGCGCACCUGUGCCCACGGCUACUUCGCUCGAGAAACUGGCACACCCUGGGAGUUCCACGAGCAGCGCGGAUACCGAGUGGCACGCAAGGACGGCGACUUGGACGGCUACGCCGCCAGCCUGGCUCUCGUGCCACCGCUGCGCUUAGGAUUUGUGUUGUUGCUGGCGGGGCCGCGCCCACCCACGCGUGACCUGGUGGCUGACGCCCUGGACGUGCUACUACCUGCUCUGGAGCACGCUUUGCGCGAUGCUGAGCGCGCCCCUGCGCCCCCGCCCAGCGCGCGCCCAUUUGCUGGCUUCUUCACCUUCGCGAACCGCACCUUCUACGAGGUGCGUGCUGCGGGGCCGCGUGGCGAGCUGCGCUUGCGCCAGUUUGGGCCGCGCGUGGAGGCGCUCGUGCCCGCCGCCUUCCGAUCGCUCGCCCUGCGCCACGUGCGCGGCCGCAUCUUCCAGCUGCACGUGGCACGUGAGUUCCCGUGCACGCUGCCUCUCGCAGACGCCUGGCUGUCUCUGGAGGCGCAGCACGGGCAGCUGGUGCGUUUCUAUCCGUUGGACCGCCACGGGCUGGCACCAGGUUUCGACGUGCCCGGACUCAAUACCUACGGAGUGCUGCGCCUGCAGCGCAGGCCGGUGUUCAGCUCCCAGUGA